AUGGUUGCCAAUGCCCAGAGUCUAGAGAACUGCCUUCGAGCAGAAGUACGGGAAAGCAUCAGGCAUGCUGCGUUGGUGGUAACUCGUCGUGCACUUCGCAAGCUCUUCCGAAGCGAAGCUGUCGGCAAAAGCGCCAUUGACAGCGCCAUCGGGACGUUCACCGGCAAAAAUGCCUCGCCCGCAGCCAGGAAUGCACCGUACUUGGGUGUUGUUGCUGGAGUUAGUGCCCGACUGCCGAGUGUCAAGCCUCUGUUGGAGGAGCGAAAGAAGGAUUACUACGCUUUCUACGUGCGAGAAAUUAUAGGAUCACGUACCAUCCUACCUGAUCAUAUAGCGGAUGGGCUACAUGACUUCUUUAUAGCAUUUGCUACGCUAGAAGACUUAUCGAAAGAAGUCAUUCCAGCGUUGGAAAAGGCACUCCUGCGCAGCCCAGAGGUGGUGCUGAACAACCUGGUGGCGCCCAUGGUUCGUUCACUGCCGGCAGAGCUCGACCUCUCGAAGAUCCUUCAAAACAACUUACUGAAGCCGCUCAUGGCAAACAUCAAGUCAACCAACGCCGCGAUCAGGGAUGGCGCUCUAUCGACCUUCAAAGCGGUCGCCGCUCGCUCGCAAGAUGAACAGACUGUCAGCAAUGUUGCGGACGACUUACUGAGUCCUCUAAAGAUGAACAAGAUCACGGCUGCCGAACAGAAGAUGCUUCAUGCGGAGAUGCUUUCUGCCUUGAGCGGCUCGCCAACCGUAAGCACGAAGGUCGCCACGGGACUUUCGGCAGUAACUAUCAAGGAGACCAGCGAGCAAGCAAUUGCAGCGGAGACCAAAGCGGUUGGGAGGCAUCUGCAGUUUUGCUUCGAAAAUGCAGUUGCGAUCGACGUCCGCGCUGUGUGUGAAGCUUUCACCAAGGGGCUUGCAGACAAGAAAGUUCCUGUACGCAGGAUCUGGGCGCUAAGGGUAGGUGAGCUCUUAUGGAAUUUGAACCCAGAACAGUUGCAGCAGGCAGAUGUUAUGACAUUCACCCAAAAUGUCCUUGACAAAAUGAUCGAUAUCUGGAACGACGUUCUUCCAAAUCCUGUGGCUGCAGCACAAAGCGGGACCGCAACUGUGGCGUUUAUCGUAACGGCCCUGACAUUGUCGAAACUAUCAAGCGCCGAUGACGAGAAGAUCCACUCCAUCAUUAGAAAGGCCAGCAUAGCGGAUAAUGCUCUCUCAACUGACCCAAAGCCUUCGUUUCUACUUAAUCCACGUGUUUACACUAAGUUGACGGCAGAGGAUGACCUUGUUUGGGGGGUUCGGGCUUUGGCCGCCGUGGCAGCGGAUGUUACCCAAGCACCGGAGAGAGCUUCCACUGGAGCCGCCUGGUCCCAGGCAUUCAUCUACUUCAUCACCGCUGCCGGCAUCCCACCUUCCGUAAGAAAGGAGGCGACACGGACGCUAGCGGCAGCAUAUGCGCAGCAUCCAGCCGCAAUUGCAGAGAUUGUCAUUGACGGUCUUUGGCGGUGGCGAUUAAACAUUGAGGUAAACGACAAGGACAGCGCCGCCUUAGCUGCCAAGUCGGGCAAUGACGAGCUUUACCUAGCCGUACGCUGUAUCUGCUUGACUCCGCAAGAGGUGACACAAAUGAACGGAAAGCUGGACGAAUCCACUUUGUAUCGCCAGCUUGUUGACCUCCUUGUUUUAUGUCGACCGGAGAUUAUACCGCGCACUUCUUGGAUUGAUACUUGUUUGAGAACUGGUGUUGACCCAGGGAACCUCGUUCGAAGAGAUCCGGCCGAGUGUCUGAGCCAGGUGGUAGAAGCUACUAAGAACUCCUUCACGUCAUCGCCAGUCGUUAAGAAAGCCGCGCACAAUGCGGCUGCUGAUCUAGCAUUCGUUUCGCCUGACGAAAUGAUACCACUUUUAGUCCGUCGCAUCCGGCAAGAUCUUGACCCUCAUCAGAUGGCUCAUAUCGGCCCAACGGAAGCUGCAGUCUUUCGCACCGCUGAAGGUACCACAUUCAUUGAUGUACUUGCCAAAAAGGGACAAAACCACGUUGUAGACAAGAAUGUUAAAGACUAUGAUACUCUGAAAUGGGAAGAGGAACUCCGUGCCCAGCUAGCGCAAAAGAAAGGGCAGGCAAAGAGACUGACCGGCGAGGAACAAGCAAAGGUUAAUGCUCAGCUGGCUAAAGAGGCCUCCAUUCGGCGGGAGGUAGCAGCUGUGGAUGAGAACUUGAGACGCGGUGUCGGUAUUAUACAGAGUCUCGCAACCGGACCACCGACUGAUGCAGGAUCAUGGAUGGGCCCUAGUGUGGAUCUUCUAUAUCGAGCAAUACAGUCAGGCGCCGGCCUCAUAGUUGGCGACGCUGCCGCGGCGGCCUACAUCGAUUGUGCCAAGCGGAUCUCUCCACGUUUGGGUACUUCAAGGCCCUUCGUCGGCAUCGCGACUCUGCGAGGAAUAGGGACAUCUCACCUACCGCCUGGUCUGGAUGAAGAGCCUUUGGGUGAUCUUGUUACUAGGAUAUUGUAUCGCCUUCGACUUGCCGGAGAGCAGGUACCAUUCGACACGACUUCGCUUAUCUAUAUUCUACCGCUGAUCUUUCUGGUACUCGAGAAGGGUGGGAUUGACAGACCUGCCGGCGAGGAGGCUGACGAGCAGAUCACCCUUGCUCUCGAGUUUCUAUCGUUCCACACAACGACGUGCUCUGACGUCCGGCUACCGAGAGCAAAAGUGUUAUCGAUCCUGAUAGCAUGCAUGCAAAGAUUUACCCAGCACUACAAGCUUAUCAAGGACUGUUUACUUGACUUGAGUAGAAGCAUAGCCCCGAAUAUUACGGAUCAAGAAGUUGCAGUCCUCGUACGUGGCGCGAUUGUGCCUGAGAUUCCUGUGAGGACAUCAGUGCUUCAAGCUAUUGAUGCAGAGAUAGAUCUCACCACAAUGGACUUCUGCGAAGAGAUAUGGCUUGCGUGCCACGAUGACGUAGAGGAGAACAGGGAGCUGGCAAGAACGAUUUGGGAAGACAGCGACUUCCACUCACAACCGACGUCCGCUUUUCGAACCCUGCCGUAUCUUGAAGCCGCUGACAAGCAAUUACGAAGAGCAGCUGCGCGUUCUCUUGCGGAGUCGGUAGUCAAGAACACAGAGGUAUUCUCUGACGUGUUGGCCAGGCUUCAAGACUUGUACGUGGAAAAGGCAAAGCCGCGUGUGCCUGAGCGAGACGAAUAUGGCAUGCCACGCAAAAUGGAUCUAUCAGAUCCCUGGGAAGCAAGAAGCGGCGUUGCGCUUGCCUUGAAAGAAUUGGCGACUGUCUUCGAUGAGGGCAGCUUGGUACCGUUCAUGCAGUUCAUAAUCGAAAGAGGGCCGCUAGGAGAUCCAAAUGCCAGCGUAAGAGACGAAAUGAUAGACGCUUCAGUGGCUAUCGUAGCAACCAAAGGGCAGCAGAAAGUUGAAGAACUCAUGCAGUCGUUCGAAGCAGCCCUUGAAGCCCCAGAUCGAGGCUCGGCUACCUAUGACCAAGUAAACGAGGCGGUCAUUAUUCUAUACGGAGCACUUGCUAGGCAUCUCAAAACAGGAGACGAGCGCGUGCCAAAGGUCGUGCAACGCCUCCUAGACACACUGAGCACGCCUUCGGAAACGGUGCAGUAUGCUGUGGCUGAAUGUCUGCCGCCCCUCGUCAGAGCCUCGCCACAGGAGGUCUCGGGUUACGCACAGCAAAUGCUUCAGAACCUCCUACAGUCAAAGAAGUAUGCCGCUCGAAGAGGAGCUGCCUAUGGCUUGGCAGGAAUCGUCCGAGGUAAAGGCAUCUCAGCUCUGCGCGAGUACCGCAUCUUGUCUACUCUCAGAGGGGCAGCGGAGAAUAAGAAGGACCAAAAUCAGCGCCAAGGUGCAUUCCUCGCCUACGAACUUCUGUCUCUCAUCCUCGGCCGGGUCUUCGAACCAUAUGUGAUUCAGAUUGUGCCUCAACUGCUGGCGGGAUUCGGUGAUGCAAGCGCAGACGUUCGCGAGGCUUGCCUUGACGCGGCCAAAACGUGCUUUGCCAAUCUGAGCUCCUUCGGAGUUAAGCAAGUACUGCCGAUGCUACUGGAAGGCCUGGAUGAUCAACAAUGGCGCAGCAAGAAGGGUGCAUCCGACUCCCUGGGAGCUAUGGCUUAUCUAGACCCCCAACAAUUAGCGCUGAGCCUACCGGAUAUCAUCCCGCCCCUGACCAAUGUUCUCAAUGACAGUCACAAGGAAGUCAGAACAUCAGCAAACCGCAGCUUGCAACGCUUUGGCGAGGUCAUCAGCAAUCCAGAGAUCAAGAGCGUGGUCAACAUACUUCUGAAGGCCUUGAGUGACCCGACAAAGUACACCGACGACGCCUUAGACGCACUGAUCAAGGUCAACUUCGUACAUUACCUAGAUGCACCUUCCCUCGCAUUGGUUGUCCGUAUAUUAGAGCGGGGGUUGGGCGAGAGGUCGGCCACCAAACGAAAGUCCGCGCAAAUCAUUGGCAGUCUAGCACAUCUCACGGAUCGCAAAGACCUCAUCUCGCAUCUCCCGAUCUUGGUUGCCGGGUUGCGUAUAGCAGUAGUGGACCCUGUCCCUACGACUCGUGCCACUGCGUCAAAGGCAUUGGGCUCGCUCAUUGAGAAGCUUGGAGAGGACGCACUGCCAGACCUCAUCCCGAGUCUCAUGUCAACUCUGAAGUCAGACACCGGCGCUGGCGACCGGCUGGGAUCCGCGCAGGCCCUUAGCGAGGUGUUGGCCGGCUUGGGUACCAGCAGGCUUGAGGAGACAUUGCCGACUAUCCUUCAGAACGUUUCCAGCUCGAAGCCUGCCGUUCGCGAGGGCUUUAUGUCUCUGUUCAUUUUCUUACCAGCUUGCUUCGGCAACAGCUUUGCCAAUUAUCUCAGCAAGAUCAUUCCACCUAUUCUCUCGGGUUUGGCCGACGAUGUUGAAUCGAUUAGAGAAACUGCUCUGCGUGCUGGCAGACUUCUCGUAAAGAACUUCGCUACACGCGCUAUCGACUUGCUGUUACCCGAGCUUGAGCGCGGUCUCGCAGACGACAACCAUCGUAUCCGUCUCAGUUCCGUCGAACUGAUUGGCGAUUUGCUCUUCAACCUCACGGGCAUCAGCGGCAAGGCUGAACAAGAUGAGGUUGAAGAAGGAGCUAAGGAAGCAGGACAAUCUUUAUUGGAGGUUCUCGGCGAAGAACGGCGCAACAAGGUCCUGUCGGCGCUCUAUAUCUGCCGCUGCGACACGUCCGGCUUGGUCCGCACUGCUGCAAUCAAUGUGUGGAAAGCGCUGGUUGCUACACCGAGGACACUGCGCGAACUUAUCCCAACACUUACGCAGCUCCUCAUUCGUCGCCUUGCAAGCUCGAACAUGGAGCAGAAGGUUAUCGCUGGCAACGCCCUGGGAGAACUCAUCCGCAAGGCUGGAGAGGGAGUGCUUGCAAGCUUGCUGCCUACGCUGGAAGAGGGAUUGCAUACUUCAACCGACAGCGAUGCUAAGCAAGGCAUAUGCAUUGCUCUCCGUGAGCUGAUCGCGUCCGCUUCUCCUGAAGUCCUUGAAGACUACGAGAAGACGUUGAUCUCGGUCGUCCGCACUGCACUGGUCGAUCCCGAUAGCGAGGUUCGCGAAGCUGCUGCUGAGGCAUUCGACUCAUUGCAGCGUAUCUUUGGCAAGAGGGCCGUCGAUCACGUUCUUCCGUAUCUCCUCAAUCUUCUCCGUACCGAAGGUGAAGCCGAGAACGCUCUGUCUGCGCUUCUUACCUUGCUUACCGAUAACACUCGAUCGAACAUCAUCCUGCCCAACCUCCUGCCAACGCUGUUGACUUCGCCAAUAUCUGCGUUCAACGCUAGAGCAAUAGCCUCCCUCGCAGAAGUAGCUGGUACGACAAUGACCCGCAGGCUGCCGAACAUCUUGAACGCACUCAUGGACAACAUUGUAAUCUGCAAAGACGAAGAACUCAACUCAGAACUGGAUACAGCAUUCGAUACAGUACUCCUCUCGGUCGAUGAGUAUGAUGGUCUAAACACUGCUAUGAGUGUCAUGCUUGCUCUAGUGAAGCACGAUGACCACAGGAAACGGCACUCGGCGGACAUGCAUCUAGCCAAAUUCUUUGCCGGUGCAGAGAUCGACAUUUCGCGAUACUAUCCAGACCUGAUUCGCGCACUGCUAAUCGCCUUUGGCGAUAGCGACUCCGAGGUCGUCAAAGCUGCCUGGACGGCACUUAGCGAGCUGACAAAGCGUCUUAGAAAGGAGGAGAUGGAGUCUCUCGUCAUUUCCACUCGCCAGGUACUCCAACAAGUUGGCGUUCCUGGUUCCAACCUCCCUGGCUUCGCACUUCCCAAAGGCAUCAAUGCGAUCCUGCCUAUCUUCCUACAGGGCCUGAUGAAUGGCACAGCGGAGCAGAGAACCCAGGCUGCUUUGGCAAUAUCAGACAUCAUUGACCGCACCAGUGGAGAAUCGCUCCGGCCUUUUGUAACUCAGAUCACCGGGCCCUUGAUUCGCGUGGUUUCUGAGCGGUCUGUAGAGGUCAAAGCCGCUAUUCUCUACACACUCAACAACCUGCUGGAGAAGAUCCCGACAUACUUGAAGCCCUUCUUGCCGCAGCUACAGAGAACAUUCGCAAAGUCACUUGCCGACACAUCGAGUGAAACCCUACGCAUACGUGCUGCCAAGGCUUUAGGAACAUUGAUCACCAUGACGCCCAGGAUCGAUCCUCUUAUUGCUGAGCUUGUGACCGGCUCAAAAACGACGGACUCAGGCGUCAAGAAUGCUAUGCUCAAGGCCCUAUACGAAGUCGUUAGCAAAGCCGGCAGCAACAUGAAUGAGGCGUCGAGGGCAGCUAUAAUAGGACUCAUCGACAGCGAUGCCGGAGAGGCUGACGAUGCCAUGGCCAUUACCAACGCCCGCCUGUUAGGAGCCAUGAUCAAGGUCCUUCCUCCAGACGCUGCCGGCAACCUCAUCAAAAGCCGCGUUCUGACUACCCACUUCAGCAAAUCGUCGGUGUUGGCUCUCAACGCCACUCUCUUGGAGGCACCGGACGCUUUAACAGGACCUUUUGCCGAAGAAACGCCAGCCAUUAUCUCGCAGGGAAUCAGCAGCAACCAACCGUUCGUCUCGGAUAACUGUGUGCUAGCUGCAGGCAAAUAUCUCUUGACAGAGUCCGCGAACAAGAACUUCGAAACCACCAAAGCCAUCUUUGAAGCCCUCGCCUCGGUCAUCCAGCCCGGUAACGCGGUCGAUACCCGCCGUCUCGCGCUAGUAGUGGUGCGAACCGUGAGCCGCCCCCACAACGAGCUCGUCAGGCCACACCUUGCUCUGCUUGCUCCGCCAAUCUUUGCAAGCGUGCGAGACCUGGUCAUUCCGGUAAAACUUGCUGCGGAAGCAGCUUUCUUGGCGAUUUUCUCCGCGGUCGAGGAGGAGACUGCCGUGUUCGACAAGUACCUCGCCGGUGCUGGCGCUGGUUUGCCGCCCAACACGAAGCGCAGCAUGCAGGAUUACUUUAAGAGAGUAGCUUUGCGUCUUGCGAGUCAGGCCAGGGAGAGGAUGGAGGCGGAGGGUGGACAAGGUGGGCUCAAUCUUUCUAGCGACGAGAAGGAGGAUGAGAGGGAGGUUUGGAGCGUCGGCAAGGUGGACCUGGGAGAAGGAAACUUUGGCGACGACUAG